AGCGAAGGUGUAGUUCCUGUAGAUGCUUACAGUUUAGAGAAAAAAUCUAGUGACCGUAAUUGAAUGGAUGCGCAACCGCGUAGUUCCACACCUGCUAAACAUAAAGAUCAAAGAUCAAGAUGCGCGUCGCCACCUCCACCUCACCGCAGAAGGUGAAGCAGCACAUCCCUUCUUCAGGUGACCGCAAACUGAGCGUCCAAAUCGUGGACGCGCAAGGCUUACAGACCUUAGCCCCGCAUCCGAUCCGCAUACGACUACAGCUAGUCUGGCCAGAAGAUUUGCUGGGGGAAACAUAUGGGAAUAAAGUGACGCCGUGGACUAGCACUUCUUCAUCUUGUACUAGUUCUAGCACUGUACUAGAGCAGCAUCUUCAACAUCACGGAAAUCUUCUUCGUACGGGUAGUUGUACUAGUACUAGCGGUCCGAGUUGGACUACACGCGGCUGUGUCUUCCCCAUUUCUCCAGAUUUACAACGGAAAGCAGCAGACUUGGUGCUGCGGAUCAGCCUUCAGGUGAACGUUGGCAGUUCUGGAGAUCCGAACAAGCAAGAGGAGUCCAGAGCUACAGUUCGCAGCUACUUUUUCCAUAGAGGUGAGAUACCAGAUGCAGUGCGGGAUCUGGCAUCAACGGAAAUGCGAAAUUUGGAUCGUCUCUUUCAUCAAUACGAUUCGGCGGCUAGUGUGAUAAGGAAGUGGCUAGACUUUGACGACGAGGUGAAGUUUUUCUUGGUGUUACAGGUGUUUAAUCCGCCUCAGAGUGGCGGGGAGUCGACGCAAGAACGUGCGCUGCCUGUGAACAAUCAGAGGACUCCGUAUUUAAGGCUGUGUGCCUAAUAGACAUCUUUGGACGGCGCAUCCUUGAAAUAACGUAUGGAGGAGUAAUAUCCUAGUAAGCGAAUACUCCCCCAUACUUUUCAAGGAUGCACCUGAAAGAUGAACUACAGACAGCUCUAACGUCUAUUGCAUCCGCCAAGAAUAGCGCGUCGUCAUCCUCAACUGCUAGAAGUCUCGUCUUCCCAUCGGGACCGUCAGCAUCAUCUUCUUCAUCGGCUUCAUCAGGAGACGAAGGAGCAAGAAAUAAUGUUGCUAGUACUAAUGGAACAAGAACGAACGGCGAGAACAAGAACACUAGUCGAAACCACAAGCGAUUCGAGAGCACUCUGAUAUCAACAAAAUCAACUCCUUCAGCACUGGACAUGUUAGGUGGCAGCAGGCGGCGAGCAAGUACAACAACAACUUUUGAGCAAGGUAUGAAAAGAAAAUCUGUUAUCAUUAUCAAGUUUCUGAAGUAGAAAUAAGUACGAUAAUGAUAACAGAUUUUGGCUUCAUACAAGGUAUUUGUAUUACACAACAGAGUUGUACUAGUGCUACACCGGUUCUUCUGAGUACUUCUCGUGCUACACCGUCAACAUCUUCUUCAUCGUCUAGUUGUACCGAACCAUCAACAGGGCAACAAAGCAAUCCGGGUUACGGCUUACCAUCCUCCAUUACGCAACCGCAAAGCCGCAACAACUAUGGCGACCACGACCACCACAGCCUCUACUUUAUGGACCAGAAUCCGUCCUUUACCACGACCAGCCCCAGACUUAACAUCUUCACAAUCAACGACAUACCUGAUGAGGAACAAGGUGGAGGUACCAAAGGAGCCAUUAGCAGGAUGUUUUCGAACUUCUUUGCUGCUUUGCCGGAGAUUGGCAUGCCUGUUUACAGCGUUCCCACGUUGACAAUUGGCAGUUCAAACCGACCGGGAGUUGAGGUGUAAUGAAGACUUUUAUACCUGGUACAAGACCUGAUAAUGAACAGAUGACCUACAGGCUAUCUCUCGCAGUAUGUCAUACCCUUGCAGGUUGUAACACUUGGUUUCAGGGCCCUACACUGUUAGGCUGUGCCUUAGUUGUUCUACAGGGGCUAUUGUAAUAUAGUUCCCUCCGAUAGUCGUAGGUUUUGGCCGUUGUGAUACGGUCUUCUUGCUCCCCUGGUAUGUAAGUUUUAUAAAUGAUGUUAUUUAAGUAGUUGAAUGGGAGGUAGCAUGUAGUUCUAUGGAAAAAAAAAAACCUAUGGAAAAAAAAAAAAAACACCUAGCAAUCUGGGGCGAGUGAGGCCCUUGAACUUGAAACUUGAUAAUGUAUGAUACUUGAUCAUGUAUGAGGAUACUUACUCUUUACCAAAUAAGCCUCUAUCAUCUUAGUCAGCAUACUGUAUGGAGAAUGUUUUCUCCCCAAUCCAAAUCCCACAGGACCGCCACGCUCUUCUCCUCGUCGUAUCGGAGUUGGAUGCAGUCUUUCGCAAAAGUGCGAAAAACUUCAACAUGCAUCUCGAACGUUUACAGCCACUGGAGCCAUAUAGGAUAAAAGGCGCCACAGCUGCUUUGGCUAUACCUACAACUUCGAAACUACAGGUGGUCGAUGACGAGUCGCCUUCAAAAAUAGCGACGCAGGGCCCUUCAGCUGCAACUAAUAGUAAUACUAGUACUAGCACUUUUACGACUCUGAUAGAGUUUCUGGAAACGGUGCUGGAAACUUGUUCAUCGACAAGAGGCCCUUCGACAAUGCCGGACAGGGACAAUCUCUCGACCGGAGGAGAAGAUUUGCGACGUCUUGGCGACCGAUUUCGACGAGCGACUACUGUUAUGAAGCGAGACUGUUUUCAAUUUCGAUUUCAUGUUUCUCAUGCUAGGUGUAUAAGUAUACAACGGUCUUCUACCUUAGAUGGGAUAGUUUUUUGUUGUUGAUGGAGGGAUUCCAGUCUAGAAGACAUCCUGAUAUUAUUCGUCUAACCACCACUCCGCAGACGCCGAAUCUCUUUCCGCUCUCCUGGAAUCCGUCACUCUCGAGCAUUCCUUGCUAGACGCCGACUUCAACAAGGUCUUCACGCAACUUCGCGUCCUGGGCAGCGAGUACCAAAGCUUAGCUGGUGAAGUGAAGAGCAGUCGCGUGAGCACGCUGAUUUGUACCAUUGGAACUACGUCUUCUACAUCUGGGGGUUCCUCUAGUACGACCUCGAGCGCUGUUGGAACUGUGGCGCUGAGAGGAAACACAAACAUCGCAUACGGAGACCUGUUCCGAUGGGCAGAGCAGUGUCGAGAAGCAUUACAAAAUAACGACCGACUGCGGUUUAGAGUGGCGCGCUACAAAGAACGCGUCCGGACUGUACAGGAAUUGCUGCAAGACGUAAGGCGAAGGGUGUUGCAGGGACCGCCAGGAUUGCCAUAAACAAUGAAGAGCCUGCUUUCAAAUAACGCAUAUUACGCUAACGCAUCUUCAUAUUCGUGACCAUGGCCAUAAAUGAUGAUCAUCUCCAUGAUUUGUACGACCACUACCUGUAUUCUAGUCCUUGGAUCAUGCUGUCACAUGUUGUCACGCGCGCAACAAAUCCGAAAAACAGAUACAACAGCUAUGUCAAUCCUGCGAAGUUCUUCAUGUAGAACUAGAAGUUCUCCACAUUCAUGUUUGUAGUUGUAGAGAUCAUAG